AAAACCGAUGAACAAGCAAAGCACUUGCCAAUGCAACAAGACGCCGGUCGAGCAAAUAAAUAUAACUCUCUGCUCAUCAUCAGUGUUCGUCCAUCAAUCACAUCGCCGCCAUUGCUGUCUACUGAGUAAAGCAUCCCCCCCGGCAGCAGGGUGAUUCCGAUCCGAUCCGGCGAAGAUGAGCAAAGACAAGGCGAGCAAGCUGGCGAGGCGGAAGGCGCACUGCAUGGCGUGCUGCGUGGCGCUGGGCGUGCUCGUCAUCCUGGGCGCGCUGGCGCUGGCCUUCUACCUGGUGUACCGUCCGCGUCCGCCGCGCGUGGUGGCGACGCCCGUGGACAUCAGCGUCGACGAGUUCAGCCUGCUCCCGCACCCGACGCUCAAGGUGUCGGUGGGCGUGCACGUGGUGGUGAGCAACCCGAGCCACUCGCCGUACCGGUACGGCCCGACGCUGAGCGCGGUGACGUACCACGGCGCGCCCGUCGGGGAGACGCUGGUGCCGGCGGGCGAGGUCGGGGGCAAGGCCACGGCGCGGAUCGAGCCGGCCACGGUGGUGGACGGCGUGAAGGUGGCCGAGAACCCGCACUUCGCGUCCGACGCCGUGGCCGGGGUGCUGCCGUUCGUGGCCGUGGCGAGGGUGGUGGGCAAGGCGCUCGUGCUCAGGGCCUUCGAGGUGCCCGUCACCGUCGAGACCGUGUGCUUCGUCCGCAUGUACGUGUUCCACGGCGAGAGCAGCUCCCGGUGCGUGUCCACCGUCCGCACCGGCGCCGCCGCCGCGUCGGCGUCGCGGUCCGGCAACGGGAACGGCUACGGCUACGGCUACGGCUAUGGCGCGGGGUUCCCAGCUGAGGCGGCAGGGCGUGCGCAGGAGCAUGACUAGGAUCGGACAUCGGAGGACUUGUUUGUGUGUGUCGAUGCCUCGAUGGCCAUGGUUUACGGCCAUGUAGAACGGGGCUUUUGUGACUGUGGUUGAAUUUUGUUUUUCUGUAAUAAAAAAAACGGAGCACCUCUUGCGC